CCCAAAACAGUCAACAGUGGCGGCACAUGCCUCCUCAUCAUGGCGGCCUCGGUUAAAAACAUGGUUCGCAUGUCAGACGACAAGAGCAGCAGCAGCAGCAGCGAUGAUGAGACGCUGAGGAGGUGUCAGGAAGCAGUGUGGGAGUCCCGGACUGUGAAAGACAAAGAAGAGGACAAAGUGAAAGAAUCAAAACGGGUUGUUGUCGCUGACCAUGAACAUGAUGGAAACGAGCUCCAGGUCAGCCAAGGGUUUCGAACGCAUGUUGCUAAAAAGUUGGGAAAUUUUCUUGACAGAUGCAUUUCAGAAACGCAAACUACAUCUUCGUCCUGUGUGGCAUCAGCAAAAUGUGAUGAUGAAGAUGAAGGGUUUCGUCUGUUUUCCACAUCAGUCCCGGGACAGACGUCUGAGGAGCCCCCUGCACCUGUGAGGCGUCGGCCUGUUCCCAGCUCAAGUGACAGUGACAGUGAGAUGGAAUCGAGGCUGAGAGAGGCAGCGGUGUCCGUCAAAGAUCUCUUACCCUCUGCACUCUCCCCGUCCUCAACGCAGCCUCCCGGCUCAGGGAAAGUAAAGAUAAAGAAAAAGAAAAACGUGGCAGAGGAAGAAGAAGAGUGCCAAAUUGUUAAGAAAAAGAAAAAGAGGAGACCGACUGGAGAGGAGAGUGUGCAAGUGGACUGUGCUCGCGCUCUGAAUACUAAAAGUAGUGGCGAGCAGCAGAGCUCAGAACAGGAACACUCGCAGGUCAAAGUAAAACCGAAGAAGAAGAAGAAAAGGUGUGAAGGAAACACAAUGGACUAAAUUCCUUUUGACCGUCGUAUCAAUGUUGCUUGAAUCCUGAAAUGAUUGGAUGCCGAGAUAUUACUCAAAACAUUUUAAUGCUUGAAAGAGUCUCAUUAAAGUGUGAAAAAAGGGCAUUUUUCAGGCAGUGAGCUAAUGAGGGGCAACAUGCAAUUUAUACGUUUCAACUCAAUUUCCCUUUGUGCGUACAUAACAUUUUUAAUAAAAUACAUUUUCAUGUUGAUUUUC